UCAUCAGCUGAUACAGAGGAUGUCUGCAUUGUGGAACGACUGUUUUCCAGCAGUCUUGUCGCUAUCGUCAGUCUUAAAGCGCCACGAAAACUUAAAGUUUGCCAUUUUAAAAAAGGAACAGAAAUCUGUAACUACAGUUACUCUAACACAAUUUUGGCUGUGAAGCUAAAUCGGCAGAGGCUGAUUGUAUGCCUUGAGGAGUCUCUCUACAUACACAACAUAAGAGACAUGAAAGUCCUGCACACUAUUCGAGAAACGCCUCCUAACCCUGCAGGUCUAUGUGCACUGUCAAUUAAUGGAGACAACUGCUAUUUAGCAUAUCCUGGUAGUGCAUCUAUUGGAGAGGUCCAGGUCUUUGACACUGUUAAUCUGAGAGCUGCUAAUAUGAUCCCUGCUCACGACAGCCCUUUGGCAGCCUUAGCAUUUGAUGCAAGUGGCACAAAACUAGCAACAGCAUCAGAAAAGGGCACAGUGAUUCGCGUCUUUUCCAUUCCAGAAGGUCAAAAACUGUUUGAAUUCCGGAGAGGAGUGAAAAGGUGUGUGACAAUAUUUUCCCUAGCUUUCAGCAUGGAUGGCAUCUUUCUUUCAGCCUCAAGUAACACAGAAACUGUGCAUAUUUUCAAGUUGGAGACCGUGAAAGAAAAGCCUGUUGAGGAGCCAACCACAUGGACGGGUUAUUUUGGAAAAGUUAUCAUGGCUUCCACCAGUUACUUGCCCUCUCAAGUAACUGAAAUGUUCAACCAAGGAAGAGCUUUUGCAACUAUUCGUUUGCCUUUUUGUGGUCACAAAAAACAUCUGUGCAUUAGCAAUGAUUCAAAAGAUUCCUCGUUUACUUGUUGCUGCAGCAGAUGGUUACCUUUACAUUUAUAAUCUGGACCCACAGGAGGGCGGCGAGUGCACGCUAAUGAAACAACACAGGUUGGAUGGCAGUAUGGAGCCUGCUAAUGAAAUUCUAGAGCCGGCAUCACAUGAAAGACCAUUAGUAUCCAAGAACUACAGUGGUGCAGCAACAAAAGAUACAUAUUCUACAUCACCAACAAAUCAUGCCUUUUCUGAUGAACUUGGAGCCGUGGGUGGGACAAACCUGGAAGAUGAAACCCAUGCUCUGCGGCUAGAUGAAGACAGUGAGAACCCCCCCAUGGUUUUGAGAACCGAGUGA